UUAAUAAUACGCACAUCAAGAACAGUAAAAACCCACACAAUCUCCGUAGACAGAGGAUUGAAGAUGAAGGGGGCAAAUUAUUCGGCGAUUGUUGUUGUUAUUGCGGCGUCUUUGGUCAUCUUAGGACAUGUUGGAAAGGUCCAAGCUCAGUUGCAGAUGAACUUCUACGCCGAUAGUUGUCCGAACGCCGAGGAGAUCGUUCAAGGCUUUGUCAAACAGCACAUUCCUAAUGCUCCUUCUUUGGCCGCUGCCCUUCUCAGGAUGCAUUUCCACGACUGUUUCGUCCGGGGGUGCGAUGGAUCGGUGCUUAUAAAUUCGACGAGGGGAAACGCGGAGAGAGACUCGGCUCCGAACCUAACGCUAAGAGGAUUCAGCUUCAUAGACGGUAUCAAAGCAGUGCUUGAAGCUCAAUGCCCUGGAAUCGUCUCUUGUGCAGAUGUCAUCGCUCUUUCUGCAAGAGACUCGGUUGUCCUAACGGGAGGGCCUUAUUGGAGAGUGCCGACGGGGAGAAGAGACGGGAGGAUCUCCAACGCGUCGGAGGCGUUGGCGAAUAUCCCUCCUCCGACCAGUAAUUUCACCACUCUUCAGAGACUCUUUGGAAACCAAGGGCUCGAUCUCAAGGACUUGGUCUUGCUUUCCGGGGCUCACACGAUCGGGGUGUCACACUGCUCAUCGUUCUCGAACCGUUUGUACAACUUCACGGGACGAGGGGACCAAGACCCUGCUUUGGACAGCGAAUACGCCGCCAAUCUCAAGUCCCGAAAAUGCCCCACCCUCAACGACAACGUUACCAUCGUAGAAAUGGAUCCUGGAAGCCGAAAAACGUUCGACCUAAGCUACUACACUUUGGUACUCAAACGUCGAGGUCUCUUCCAGUCCGACUCUGCUCUCACGACAAACCCCACGACUCUUUCGGCCAUCAACGGUCUCGUCCAAGGGACGUUGCAAAAUUUCUAUACGGAGUUUGCCAAUUCGAUGGAGAAGAUGGGUCGGAUCAACGUGAAGACGGGAUCGGCAGGUGUUGUUAGGAGACAAUGUGGGGUUGCUAAUAGUUGAGGGGGUGGAAGCGUGAAGGUGUGAAGAGUUUUGGGGUCUUGUGUGUGAAUAAAAACGAGAUGUGUUGUUUGUGCAUGGAUUUGGUUUGGAAGAUUGUGGCAAUGAAGUGAGAAAAAAUAAAGGUGGGAUUGACUGGUCA